UUGAACCGGGGAGGAACAGCGGAGCCUAGGAAAAAAAGAGACCGACAGAGAGCGACCGAGACCCGGGCCUGCCCGGCUCUGUUCGCGCUACUACGGACCCAAGCCUUCCCUCAAUCGACCGGCUGACUCCCAGAGACCGUCACAGAUUCAUCCAUGAGAACUCGAGGCAGACCUGCUGUUAUUCCUAGCAGAUCGUAUAGAUUUAUGCUGCAUCUUUUAAUAUAAAAAUGAGUAAAUUGUCGUUUCGGGCACGGGCGCUGGAUGCUAGUAAGCCUCUACCCGUCUUCCGCUGCGAGGAUUUGCCUGACCUGCACGAAUAUGCCUCAAUCAACCGGGCAGUGCCGCAGAUGCCAACUGGGAUGGAGAAAGAGGAGGAAUCGGAGCACCAUCUCCAGCGGGCCAUCUCGGCGCAGCAGGUGUACGGCGAGAAGCGGGACAACAUGGUUAUCCCCGUCCCCGAGGCAGAGUGCAACAUCACGCACUACGAGUCCCUCUACCCCGGGGAGUUCAAGAUGCCAAAGCAGCUUAUUCACAUACAGCCUUUCAGUUUGGAUACAGAGCAGCCAGACUACGACCUAGAUUCAGAGGAUGACACGUUUGUGAAUAAGCUGAAGAAGAAGAUGGAAAUCACCUCCCUGCAGUUUGAAGAAAUGAUAGACCGACUGGAGAAAGGCAGUGGGCAGCAGCUUGUAAGUCUGCAGGAAGCCAAACUGCUGCUGAAAGAGGACGACGAGCUGAUCAAGGAGGUGUUCGACUACUGGAGCCGCAAGAGGAAAACCUGCAAGGGUGGCUCCCUCAUCCCCAAUGUCAAGCAGGAGAAGAGGGACGGCUCUAGCACCAGCGACCCCUACGUGGCCUUCCGCCGACGGACGGAGAAGAUGCAGACCAGAAAGAACCGAAAGAAUGACGAGGCGUCGUAUGAGAAGAUGCUGAAGCUGCGCAGAGACCUGAGCCGAGCCGUCACCAUCCUAGAGAUGAUCAAGAGGCGAGAGAAGAGCAAGAGGGAACUGCUGCACCUCACGCUGGAGAUUGUCGAGAAGAGGAACGCAAUGCCAGACUUUGGCAGCGAGGUGAUGGCAGAGGCUUUGGCGCAGCGGGCUCUCGUGAAGCCCGUCUACACCAUCCCCAUCAUUCCCCUGUCCAGCAGCAACCAGUACAGACACCAGGACCACUUGGACAUGAAGGACUACAAGAAGCCGGAGAAGACGGAGGCAGUACGAACCAAAAGGAAAUACGAAAAGAAACCCAAGAUCCCUCCUCUGUCAGCACCUCAACAUUCAGGGCCCUCGGUGUUCAAUCCCAAGGACCUCAACCAGUACGAUUUUCCCAGCUCAGACGAAGAACCAUUCUCACAGAUCCAUUCAGGUUCUUCAGAGGCAGAAGAAGAGAAUGACCCAGAUGGCUGCUUUGCGUUCAGGAGGAAGGCUGGCUGUCAGUACUACGCUUCUCAUCCUGACCAGAGUGGCAACUGGCCCUGGGUAAGCCCGUCAGAGGGCGGGCUCGGCGACCCACGCUUCCGCUACUGUCUGACCUCGCUCAACAUGCCACGGCGCUGCAUAGGUUUGGCACGGCGCCGCGUGGGCAGAGGGGGCAGGGUCUUGUUGGACAGAGCGCACACGGAUCUCGACAACAUCUGUCAGAGCCUGGACUCCGACCCGGAACCCGAACCACUCGCCUCACCACUUCCAAGCUCUCCGCUCCGCAACUCUAACACCAGUACCUCAGAAACCAAUACCUCGGACCCAACCAGCUCCUCCCACCUCCCCACCUCUUCAUCAUCCCUGUCGUCGUCGCCAUCGCCAACACCUAUGGACCUCAGCCAGAUUCUUUUGAACAUUAAAUCUUGCCGCUGGAGGCACUUCAGACCACGGACGCUAUCCCAUCACCCCUUGGGUGGCGGAGACUUGUCUCGCAGAGGAUUUAGGGAUUGUAGCCGGACAGUGUCAGGACUAACCCGGACCUUGUCUGGAGGAUCCGGCUCCCAGAACCGCAUUGGCUCGGCCCCCACCCCUGUCCACGUGUUCACAGCAGAGCAGUACCAGCAGCACCAGGAGCAGCUGGCCAUCAUGCAGAAACAGCAGCUGGAGCAGAGCCAACAGCAGCAACAAGCCAACAUCCCUGCAACAACCACCAACACACAGGCACUUGUGUCCAAGACGCUGGACCAGGCCAGCGCCCAGUUUGCUGCCUCGGCCCUCGUCACCACGGACCAGCUGCUGGCCUUCAAGUCCAAAGAGGAGCUGGUGCUGGCGAGCGGAGUCAACGGGGUCCUGGCAGGUGCAGGUGUUUUUAAAGGCCUGCACCUCUCCAGCACAACAGCAGCGCUUCACCAGACCAACCAGUCGUCACACACUACCGCCUCCUCAGCCCCGACCUUCCUCCAGCCCUCCUCCAAUUCGGCCGCGCCCUCACCCGCCAACGCCGUCCCCACCUCCCUCACCUCCACGCCCAGCGCCCAUGCGGCAGCAGCGCUGGGGCUCCUGGGAUGCAGCGCCGCCAACGCCACCCCCGCCACCACUCAGGUCCUCAUCGGGAACAACAUCUGUCUGAGCGUGCCGUCGGCCGCCAGCCUGGCCGGACGCCACAUCCCCCGGACCCUCGGCAACGUGCCACCCUCUGCCUUAAAGCUGUCCGCCACCACAAACCUGCAGAUGCCCAAAGUCUCCGGAGCAUCGCCCAUGGACAUGGGCUCAAGGGAUAAUCACGACGAAGACAAGCCAGCACUGAACAGUAUAGCAGACAACACAGUGGCCAUGGAGGUGACGUAGUAGCGGUGCAGCGAGGAGUCCGCUCUUUUAGGUGCUGUGCAUCGUAGCAUCGGGAAUGCAAAAGGGACAGCAGGACUCUGACGCAGACUGACAGAACGACGAGAGGCCGCGGCCGCUCGCUUGCAAUUCUCAUCUCUCAUACUUUUUAAACCUUUUUUUGUUUUGUUUUGUUUUUGUUACUGUUAAAAGUAAAAGAUUGACAUCUGUAAAUUAUGAAUAUGGCAAAAAUUAGUAUCUGUACAGUAACUACAUAUUUGUAAUAUCCCCCUUGUAUAUAUUACUUGAAUACAGAACUGUCCAUUUGUGAUGUUUUGCACUUGGGAGUCAAACUUAAAGGAAAAAAAGUAAAGCCAAGUAACUUGUGGCGAGUGUGAGAGAUGUGGGAGUUGUAUAGAGAAGAGUUUUAUCACUUCAUGUGCAUGGUGCGGAGCCUGCUGUUUUUAUCUAUUUAUUGUGCUGUGUUUACAGUUUUUUUGUUUUUGUUUUUUGGUUUGUUUUGUUUUUUUUAUUUGUACACUGUACCUUUGUUGGUUCAUGUGCUGUAGUAAAUGUUAGGUAGCUACGGACUCCUGGGUAUUUUUGUAUAUUGUGAACACAAAGCAGGUCCCCCUCCACACCCCCACACCC